AAUUAGGAUAUUUUUCCAAGAAAUAUUUGUAUUUAUUGGGUACCUAAACCUGCUCGGACGAUAUUUGCCUGUAACCUAGGCUGUAGGAAGUCCCUGCAACUACUCCAUCUGGCCGCAUACUAUUGGGUGGAUUUUCCUUUUUAUUUUCCUUUUUCAAGUUAUGCUACACAUACUACCAGCGAGCCAGGUAAAUACUCUAACGGAGCAUCCUAAUUCCGUUUUCUUAUUUGCCUUUUCAUUUCCCAUGAAAUUACAAAAAUAUGGAAUAACAAUCUAUAUAUUUUAAAUAGACCUCCUCGUUAACUUGCGUAUAUUUUAGUUAGAAAAACUUGUAUGAAUUUAUACCGUUAAAAUAAACUAUAAUCAAUUUAGAUCGUUGAUUACCAAAACAGUGAUAACCGGCCGUACGAGGUAGGGCUGUUUACAACAAGGUUAUCAAAUCAGUUUAAAUCAUAGAGUCGGUCAAGCAAUUGUUAAAGUUCAAUGGUUUUAUCGACGAUCAACUUGUUUGAAUCAUUUUAUACAUUUGCUAAAUAUAUAUCCAAAUUCCUCUGCAUUGGACACUUGACAAUCUGGUCAAUUUCAUGACAUCCUUUGCACAUUCCUUGCUAUAUCAUUAAACUUUUCCAUCCUUUUGAUCCUGAUGUUAAUUACUCUUGGAAUAGCAGUGUAUUUCUUGAUUCCACUUUCCCGCCUUAUUAUUUGCAUUCCAUAAUUUAGGUAUUUGCAGAAUGCAUAAUACCCUCAUACUCUCGAAUAAAUGCUGGAAAGAGUAUAAGUACAUAUUUCCAACACUCAGACAAGUAGGUUUCGUUUGGAAGUUGCGAGUGUUAAAUAGAUGUAUUGUUGAGAAUGCAUGUAUAAUAUUAUACAUGUAUUGUCGUAUUUGAUGCAUUGUAGAAUACAACUUUUGGUAUGUGUGAUUGUGUAUGUCGCAUCAGCUAAAAGCUGAGACAAAACAAUCUCAACUCAACUAUCUCAACAAUCACAACUAAAAGUUGAGAUAUAACAAUCACUCAAAAUGAGUGAUAGUUUCUGUCACAUCACAGAAACAAUCAAUGUAUUGUUUCUGCUAAAAAAAAAAUGAUUGUAAACAAUACAUGCAUAAUGAAAAUCUCAACAAAACUAUCGCAACUUCCAAAUGACCCCGUAGUCUACAAGUUUGUAAGUAACUUAUCAACCCGACCCAUUACGUAAAUACCGUUUGGUAUAAAUAGAUUUUAUAAGUUUUGAAAAAUUCAUUUAGAAAUGUUAACUUUUUGUGUUUGGUAUUUAAAAGAAUUCAUUAUCAAUUCUAAAUUUUGAAUUCUACGGAGUUGGAACUAGUUAGAGCAAUUCCAAAGAAUUGAGAUUGAAUUUCCAAAUGAAUUCCACAAGUAUUUACUCAUUAUAAUAAAAUAACAUAAUUAUCCUCAAUUAUGAACUAAAUUAAUUCCACAUAUGUUAUUUGGGGCCAAAUCAUGCAACAUGAGGAAUGUCGACAAGAAUUUGAUUUCAAUGCUAGGAGCAUAAGUUGGUUAUUUGAUAUUUCUACUUCGAUUGUAUCAGAACGUUGAGAAGCCACAAUUAGAGUGUAGGAUUCAUCCACAAAAUAUUUGAAAAUAACUAAUGAAUAGAAACACACAAGAACACUUUUGAUAUUCUACGUAUGGGACCAAAGGCGUGUUUUAGAAGAUGGAUUUCAAUGAAUAUUGUUUCUGCGGAAAAUUAAAAAGGGUGUAGUUGGAAACUUUUAGUUUAAUUCAAUUGUAAACGUAAGCCAAACAUGGUUUGGGAAUUCAAUUACUUUUAUUUUUAAAGAUUUGAAUAUGACAUACCAAACACAACAAUUCAUUUGAAAAUGAAUUCUACACCGUAAUUCAUUUUAAAAUGAAAUGAGUUAUCAAUUCAUUUGAUACCAAAUAGUCUGAUAACAUUUUUUUUUUAUUUAUCUCUUUUCAGGUAUUGCAAUAAAAUUUCUUAAGAAUUUUCAAGUAAUUUUUGUUUCUCACAAUAUUAUUCUGUUAUUUUAUUUGAGAAUUUGUAUUUAAUCGUGGAAAAUGAAAUAUUUCGGUUUUAUAAAGGAGCACUUCUUUUUGGGACUACAUGAGAAACAAGGCAAGUGAGAGAGGGGAAGAAGAAGACUCCGUUAGUCUGCUCCUCGGCUGUUAGUGAGAGGUGGUAGAAUUUAGAAAUAGGAAAAUGAAAAAGAUAAAUAAACCUGCAACUACUCCAUCUGGCCGCACACUACUGGGGAGAUUUUUCCAAUAAUAGCACGUUAAACUUUUUUUUUACAAAACUAGCACACAACCGAAAAUAGCACCAUUUUUAAUAGACCGCACCUCGAAGGUGCGUUUUAUAAGUAAACCGCACCCUCUAGGUGUGUUUUUAUGUAUAAACCGCACCUUGGAGGUGCGUUUUGCGCCAUGUCAGACUGGGAACCGCACCUCCAAGGUGCGGUCUGUGUUUGGUGGGCAGCGGCCUUGGAGAUCGCAGGAUCAGGUGGCGAUCUAGCAGGCAGAACGCACGCCACGUCAGCGAUCCUUGCCACGGAUCGAAGACCGCAGCGCCAGGGAGCGGUCAACCCUCGGGGAGCGUAAACCGCGUCGGGAAGGUGCGGUUUUGACUAGGAAAAAUUACCAGACCGCCCCUGGAGGGUGCAGUCUGAUGAGUAUAAAUACCCCCUACCCUCUCUCAUUUUUUCACACCACAACCAUUAUCCACUCUCUCUCUCUAGAAUUAGCUCUCUAACCCCUCCCCUCCCCUCCCAAAAGCCUAGGAAAUAGUGGUCUGUUGGUUGCGGCUAAAUCCGAUCUGCCAUCAGAAAACAUUUCUUAGAUUUUUCCCUCAAAACCCGCCCCGCCGAAUUUCUGUCUCACGCCAAAUCUCUGUCCGACUUUCGCGAGAAAAUGGACGAGUGGUUCCAAGAAGAGGGAGUUUAUUAUGAUGAAUUUCAAGCGGUACGUAAUCAUUAUUUUGGUCAAUUUUUAUUUUGCUAAUGUACUUAGUGGAAUAUAAAAUAAAUUUGAAAUAAUUUAAUCGUAUUGGUUGUUUUCAAUAAUUUAAUCGAAUACAUAGCGGCACUUACUUCGACUCUUUAUAAAGAGAUGCACGUCUAAGGAAAUGGGGUUUUAAGCGAUUAUCAUGAUCCUCCCAUUUCCUGGGAAAUUCGGGUAUUAAGAGAUCUUCGAAUCCCCCCUUUUUAUGUCAAAAAGGAUGCGUUUCUAAGAAGAUGUAUACCUCUUCUAAGAGUCUAACGAGUGUUGCAUUGUAUUCGAUUAAAUUAUUUAAAACAAUCAAUACGAUUAAAUUACUUACCAAACAACCAAUACGAUUUAUUUUUAUGUGUACUUAAAUGAAUUUAUUAAUUUCAAAUGUUUGAAUAUGUAUGUAUCUCCUUAAAUUAUUAUUCAUUUAGAAUAUUAUUUAUGCCAAUUAAUUUAGUAUGUUUGUUUUAUGACUAUAUGUAUAUAUCUUGAAAAAAAUCACAAAUUACUUAAAUUUUGAUUGUUAAUAAUAUAAUUAUAAUAUAAUUAUAUUCUAAAUUAAAUCAUUAAUUUUAAUUAAUUUAGUUAUAAGACUAAACUAUUACUUAUAUAUCAUAAAUAAUUUUAAUAAUGGUUGAAAUUAAAUCAUUUAUUUUGAUUUAUUUAGUUAUAAGACUAAACUAUUACUUAUAUAUCAUAAAUAAUUUUAAUAAUGGUUGAAAUUAAAUCAUUACUUUCAAUUUAUUUAGUUAUAAGACUAAACUGUUACUAAUAUAUCAUAAAUUACGUUGAAUUUUUUGCUAGGAGGCACAACAAAUACUCCGCUAAGGGGUACGACCAAUGUGCUCCCAUGGAACCCAGUUAUCUUGCCCUAUCUCAAAAGGGCACGGUUGGAGUCGAUUAGACAUUUUGUAGACAUAAAAGUCGAUCGCCAACUCAUUACCGCAUUGGUUGAGAGAUGGAGAAAGGAGACAUUGUUUCAACUUUCGCGAAGGAGAGUGCACCAUCACACUCAAAGACGUCGCCAUCCUAACUCAUCUGCCUAUCGACGGCAAAGCGGUGUGUGUGAGUGAUCACCCCCCCCCCCCCCCCCCCCCCCCCCCCCCGAGGAUCGUGACGGUAUGACCGGUUGGCAGUAUUUCAUCCACAGUGUUUUGGGGGUGAAAGUACCAACCAAGGGGAGCGUUGAUGCGACGGAUCGCUUGCACCAUUGAGGAAAGUCUAAGUAUUGACAAAGUAUUUUAGGGACCAUCACGAUCCUGAAAAAGAUGGGUGCCCCUAACCGAGGAAAGUCCGGAGCUGGAGAAGGAAAGGUAUGCUCGUGUAUAUCUCAUGGCCAUGAUAGGAGGAGUGUUCUUCUCCAAAAAAUCGAGCAAUUUAAUUAGUUGUGGAUGGCUUAGGAUCCUCCUUGGUAGUUGGGAUGCGAUGGGGGAGUUGAGCUGGGCAUCCGCUUGCCUAGCUAAUAUCUACCACCACUUGUGCAACGCAUCUCUCAAAGUUGUGAGGGAGGUCGGCGGCGCAAUUUGUAGGUGUGUUGGAGCCUCAACAUGCGACAACCUUGCCCAACACAAGUUGGUAGAGUAUCGGAGGAGGCUAGAGCUACUUUGGGAAGGAGAGAUCAAAUUUGAUCCAUACCCAGCGAACAUCGUUCAUUGGCAUUUACAGCAAUUCCCCGAGAAUAUCGGGCAAUGGUGUACGAGGGUCCCUCUCAUUUGUUUAGGGACCGUGGAGUGGCACCUGCCGGAUCGAUGCCUUCGUCAGUUUGGUUGGGAGCAGUGCAUUCCGUUGGAAGUCCCCGAGAGUCAAAGGGCGUUUCACGGUCGAGAUGGUCGGCAAGGUACUCACGAUUGGCCCACGAAGUUGGCGAAAUUGAUCGCGGUAUGGGAGAACCGACAACUUCAGGAUAUUGUCACUCCAACAAGUGUGGGUCGAAUGGGGUAUCAUGACUCAUACAUGGAUAGAUAUCGGCAAACAUCGGUUCGGUACGUGACUUUGGAGGGUGCGGCCAAUGGUGCAUUGGCUGAUGGGAUCGAGCGGAUCAAAGCGUUGACCCAUGGGAAACAUGAAAUGGGACAUGAAGAUGUGAGCUUCAUCAGGAGGAUGACAAACAGUCUGCUUGGCUUUAUCAGAGCACAAGGUCGUGAUCAUCGUUGAUACCCACCCAUGCCCGCACCGGUGCCACCUCCGGUAUGAUGCUCUAAAACACAACACCAAACUGCGACCAAGUAUAAUCGUAGUCCGGGAAUGCAGUAAAGUGACAAGUUAUAUUAUCAACCCGGGGUCUAGAUCUACUGCUACUUAGUGAUUCUCUAUUAUCUAGCCAACUAAGUUGAGUGUUUGUUGUGUAAAAGCAAAAGCAGAAAGAAAGCAGGAAUUGAUAC